UCGACGAAAGAAACAUAUAGAAAUACAAGUAUUGUACAAGAGUUAAAAAAGCUGAGAUAUUUUGUAUCAGCAUCAGCCAGCUUGCUAUUAUGCAUAUUUAGCUUCUUCAAGUCCCAAAACAAGUAAUCCAAAAUACGCACCUUUUUAUAAUUCCCCAAACCCUAAAUAUGCUCAUCGAGUCAUUCACGUAGUUUUUCUUCUUAUUUAUACGCUACGUAGUACAGACACUUCAUUCAAUCAACCAACGUGUCCUGUUUCGAAAACGUUUUUUGAAAAUCUUGCGUAAUGAAGAGGCAAAGAAACGUAGACGCGGAGCAAAAUGCGAAAGCUAAGAAGGGUGGGGAAGGCGUAACCACCGCGAGAAGGAGGAGGAAUGCGGCGGGUAAGAAGGACGCGGCGGAGGCGAAGGAGAUGGAAGAGAGGAAGGUUGAAGGGGAUGGGGAUGAAGAUUUGAGUCCAAGAAUGGUGGAAAGUUGUGUGAAUUGGGGAGAGUUGUCGUUUUGGGAUGAGCAAAUGUCGUGGGGGUCGACUUGGUUGCCGUUUUGGGAUGUGGAGUAUAUGGGGGAGGCUUGUAGGGAGAUGUUUAGUGAUGUCGUUUGGGGUUAUGAUAUAUGGAACUUUGACGAGAUUCCGAAUCCGAAAUGAGGCAGACUAAGAGAGGGAGAUUAGCUUUGUUUUAAGUCUGACGUUUAAUAAUUUUAAGGUCUGUAAUUGUUAGCUAGUUGUUUAAGUUCAGUGAGGCUUUUUAACAAA